UUGAGUACACCACAGCACCUCAGCUUCACUGAGUAAAUAAACAAAAUGUUCAAAUACGUCGUAUUCGGUCUCUUGGUGGCUUCUGCCAUUGCCACACCAGCCCCAAGCUCUGGCUUAGAUUGCAACGUGUCAGAUGAUCAGCUGACUUGCUUAGCCGUCAAGGCUGCCGCUACCCUCGAGAGGGCCGCCAGGUCAGCUGACAUCGAAAUCAUCGAUGGAGUUACCCUCGUCAGAGACACCCCAGUCGAACGCACCGGAAAAGCAUUGAAAUCCGAAUCUGAAAUCAUGUCUGAAUUGCCAGCUGAUACCACUGGAAAAGCCAUGGCUGUCGCCACCAUGAUGUACGAAAAUGCUGCCAACUUCCUUCAAAGCCACAGCUUGAAGGUCGAUAUGUCAGAAGCUCGCACCAUCGACGACAAAAUCUUCUCGCACUCCCACCUCACCCCAAGCAAGAAGCACAAGAAACGGUUAUCUCCUCUGCUGUCCCUCAUCGGCCUCAAAGUCUUCGCUCUUGCUCCAAUUGUCCUCGGCAAAUUGGCUCUCUUGGUCGGCAAAGCCAUCUUCCUUAGCAAAGUCGCCAUCCUCAUUGCUGGAGUCCUUCUUUUCCAAAAAUUCUUCGGCGCUGGUAGCCAAAUCGCCUUCCCAGGUGGUCUUUUCGGCAAGAACAACGUCGCCCCACAAUAUAACUACGAACCAGCCACCUAUGCCCAAGCUGGUGCAUUCACUGGAUACCAGAGAUCUUUGGAUGCUCAGCAACUCGCUUACUCCGCACAAGCACCUGCUCAAUAAGUUCACACCUGCAGUAGAAAUAGUUUAGUGCCAUGAUGGCAAUUUUAUUCAUGACACAUUGAAGAUUUUCCUUCCGCUGUUGAGUAUACGACUUUACUCGAGCGCGACGAAAAUCUCGUUUAAUGUUGCCCGACAAUUGACAACAACGACUUUAGACUACGACUGUGACGUGACUGUUCUGUGAUUUAAUCAAUUUUCUUUUUAUUUAAUUGAAGACAGAUAUCGUAUUAAGUGUUUUAACCAAAGUUUUAUCAAGUUCCAAGUGACGAUCAAGUGACUGAUUUACUAAGAAUUUCGGAUGGCUAACAUUUACUAGAAUACGACUGU